GAUUCUCAACUUACCUAGGUUGUUUAACAUUCGCAACUCGGCAAGAUUCACCACAUCUUUUCAGCCCUUGCCAAAACGAAUGCUUGGACAGGGCAAUGUACAACCUUAGUAGCUGACCAGUUGUACAACCAAGUUUACCAAGUUACGUCACUUUCCGGCGCUUGAGUCCCGCGCUUCAACGAUAUCGUGGAACGGGCGCCAACCAAUCGACCAGCAAACAUGAAAACAGGUUUCCGCUCUACCCCUGAGGCGCUUAGGGUCUGGCUUCCACUGAACUAGACGCCCUUAGCUAUAUCAACUGCAUCUUGAAAACCAUGGAGUAUGGGCUUUGGCCACUUCAUGUUUCCAAUCCCCCGCCCCCCUUUGACAUGCGAUCGAUCAGACGAUCACUGCAUAAUGUAUUAGAAACCUUGUGUACUGCUACCUUGGUGUAGACUCUGCAUGCUGAAUUUUGACAAGCCAUGCACCUCUUUCACCCAUUCCUUUUCCUAGUCCUGCCCUCCCUUUAUGUUACCACCCCUAUCACCGUUGCCUCACAAAUAACGACGCCAACAACAAUCACAUUCACCCCUUCAGCCUCAUCCUUCCCUCCCCCUUCCUCACCAGAAUUCACCUCGGCCAUCCUAACAACCCACAACACCUACCGCGCGGCACACAACGCCACUCCACUGGCGUACAACACCACCCUCGCCUCUUUCGCCUCACGCUUCCUCGCCGGCGCCAACCUCGCUCAGCGUGACGAUGCAAAAACCAACGGCAGCCCUUCCUGGCACUGGUGUAGCAGCGGCACCCUGCGCCACUCGGGCGGUCCGUACGGCGAGAACCUUGCGCUAGGCUGCUCCGACGUGGCUGGAUGCGUGAGGCUUUGGGGGGACGAGCGCGAGGACUACGACUUCUCGGCCCUGAGCAGGGGUGCGUGGGACGGGUGGAGCACUGAGACGGGACAUUUCACCCAGGUCGUGUGGAAGGCGACCACGGAUGUGGGGUGUGCCGCGAGGGACUGUAUGGGUGGUGAUGGUGAUGGUAAUGAAUCUCAAGGGGACAAAGGGGGCAGUCCGAUGAGAGGGUGGUUGCUGGCUUGUGAGUACUGGCCCCGGGGGAAUGUGAUUGGGAGGUUUGCGGAGGAGGUUCAGGCGCCCGCUGGGGCGGAGAGUGCUGCUGGGCUUAGACUCUGGGGGGAAGCGAAGGGGUUGUGGAUUAUAGUGGUCCUGGCGGUGGUUCCUGUUUGUGAAUUUCUGUUUUUACCCCUGUGAUAAUGAGGGAUGGUGGAAGAACCUAAUCUCAGAAUGAAGGUCAU